AUGAUUGCAGCAGUGGAAUCAAUCCUUUGUCAGACGGAGGCAACGGAGGAGACUAAGAACCUCAUCCGACACCAAGUGUCGUCUCUCCUGAUGGCCCACAGGCCGCGGGAAGUGCUUUCCAAGGUCGAACGUGAUGCGCUUAGAGAACUCAAGGCCGACAAAGACCUGGUCAUCGUGCCAGCGGACAACGGGCGUUCCACGGUUGUGCUGGACAGGACAGACUACCUUCAAAAAGCCAAAGGUUUACUGGAGGACCGACAGUUCUAUGUCCCAUAUGCAAAGAACCCUGUAAAAGCGCUGACACGCGAAAUUAAUGCUACGUUGUUGGCCUUGGAGAACUCAGGUGCAAUAACACCGACCGAUAGACGCAUGGCGAGACCCCAAGAUACGGCUUUGGCCCGAUUCUAUGGCCUCCCUAAGGUGCACAAAGACGGCGCUCCUCUCCGACCCAUCGUGUCGCUCAAAGGGACUCCAACGUACGGACUGGCGAAGUGGCUGUUCCGGCGUCUCAAGUUCCUGACCGCUGAGUCAGACACCACGGUCUCUUCGUCAGCACAAUUCCUGGAGAAACUCAAAGGGGUAAGCAUCCAUCCAAAUGAGGUCAUGGUAUCUUUUGAUGUUACAUCCCUUUUUACUUCUAUUCCCCAGGACCUGGCGAUCGAGACAAUUGAACUGCUACUACAAAGCAAAUACGAUGAAACGGAGAACCGUCUUGGACACGCCCAAAUCCUUCAGCUCCUGAAGCUCUGUCUCAGGACGUACUUCACGUUCGACGGGACAAUCUACGAACAGGUGAAGGGCACACCAAUGGGUUCGCCGAUUUCGGGAUUCAUCGCCGAGGCGGUCCUGCAACGGUUAGAGUCGCUGGUCUUCCAACACCACAGACCGAAAUUCUGGGCCCGGUAUGUGGAUGAUACCUUCGUCGUCGUCAUCGGACGGGAUCAGGUGUUGACAUUCCAAGAACAUCUCAACGCCGUCUUCCCGGACAUUCAAUUUACGAUGGAGGAGGAAGAGAACAACCAGCUGGCCUUCCUGGAUGUCCUCGUAUGCCGCAAGGAUUGUGGUGGACUAAAGACCAAGGUGUUCAGGAAAGCGACAAAUACGAUGCAAGUACUGAACUUCAACAGUAACCACCCAAUCAGCCACAAACGCAGUUGUGUAAGGACGCUCUAUCGGCGUGUCGAAACGCACUGCAGUGAGCCGGAAGACAAGAUUGCCGAACUACAAUACCUCUGA